UUUACUUAUUAAUUUUAAUCUGACUUUAUUUAAAAACAAUUUUCAGCCUAUAAAAAAACCACAAUGUCUGGAGGAUAUGAUUAUGAACCAGUUGAAGAUGUGAAACAAGACUUUUAUUGUGUUAUAUGUUUAAACUUGUUAAAAGAUGCGAUGCAGUUAGAGUGUCAGCAUGGAAUGUGUAAUUUUUGUCUGCAAUCUUUGGCAAGAAGUUCAAAACAAAGAAAUGUAGAAUUUACAUGUCCUAGUUGCAGGACACCCAUAGAUGAGAACAAAGUUCACCCUGUUGGAAUGAUUAACAGAGUGAUCUUGUCAUUAAAAGUCAAAUGUGUAAAUACAAGAGCAGGAUGUGAUUGGUGUGGUGAAGUUUCAAAUAUGAAAGACCACCAGAACAACACUUGUGAAUUUCAAAACGUUGUCUGCGAUUCCAAUGGAUGUUCAUUUAAAGCUCGAAAAUUUGAAAUGACAUGUCACAAGAAGUCUUGCAACUUCAGGAUGGUGCUAUGUGAUUAUUGUCAAGAAAAUAAUGUGUACAAUGAUAUACCGGCUCAUCUUCGAACUUGUCCAUGUUAUCCUCUUAUCUGUUCUAAUGCUUGUGGUGAAUCCAUUCCUCGUAAAGAUAUGAUAAGCCAUUUGCAAGAUAGAUGUCCUCUUCGUCUUGUUGACUGCACUUUCAAACAAGCUGGAUGUGAUAUUGUGGUGACUGCAAGUGAAAUAAACAAUCAUGUGUCAAAUGCACUUCACGAUCACUUAAACUUGGUUUUCAAGCAUUCUCUUGAGAUGAAACUCGUCAUAGAACUUUCACAAAAGGAGGCAACAGAUGCGAAACAUCAACUUGCAGAGACACAAAACAGACUUGAUGCUACACAAAAAGAAUUCAAGGUUAUGCAGGAAAACCUUAGUGCCAUCAAAACAGAGGCGACAGAUGCAAAACAUCAACUCGCAGAGACACAAAACAGACUUGAUGCUACACAAAAGGAAUUCAAGGUUAUGCAGGAAAACCUUAGUGCCACUAAAAUGGAGGCGGCAGAUGCAAAACAUCAACUCGCAGAGACACAAAACAGACUUGAUGCUACACAAAAAGAAUUCAAGGUUAUGCAGGAAAACCUUAGUGCCAUCAAAAUAGAGGCAAAAUAUGCAAAACAUCAACUAGAGACACAAAACAGACUUGAUGCUACACAAACAAAAUCCAAGGUUAUGCAGGAAAACCUUAGUGCCACCAAAAGAGAGAUAUGAAAAUUGGUGUGAUGCACAAAUUUUGAUUAGAAGUUUAAUUUGUUAUGCUGUAUGUUUAUUUUCUUGUCAGCUCACCUGUUUUUUACACUUUGUUUAAUUAUUUUCACACAUUUUUUAACCUUUACAAUAGUAGUAAUUAUAAGAAUAUUUUUAAGAAUUUUUGAGGCUGAGAUUUCUUAAAAAGUUAAGAAUACUGAGGCUGAAACGAAAAAACACUAUUCUUAUAAAAAAAGCCUGUAAUUCUGCCUCCCUUUUCCUCAUUCCAUCCUUUGAAAGGUCUAUGAUACUAUCCUCUAGCCCAAGUUUAUCAAAGCACUUCUCAGCGAACAGCAUAUAUGUGUUCCUUUUUAGUGAUUUGUUCUAGUCCAUUAUGGCCAUUAUUGCUAGUCAGCCAGUUUUCUUUUGUGGAUCUUUAUUUUUUUCCACCAUUACACAUGUCCUGUUUCUCCUCUACUACCAUCUUUUUAAAAACUUUUCCUGCAAUAGUUGUAAAAAAUAUCCCCCUUCUAUAUGCACCGCCUUUUUUUCUGAUGUUUUCUCACAGUUGAUGUAUCUCCAGCAUUUUUAAUAUUUCUUUCCUUACUAUUCAUAUUGACCUCCCUUUUUCCUCUCCCCCUUUUUUUAUAAUUUUAUUGCACCAUCCUUCUCAAUUUUCUAAUAACUACAGUUUCUACAGUUACUUUCUUAGUUUCCAUUGGGUGUUGUGUUUCUGUCUUUAACUUUUUUCCUCACUUUUUGUUCAAUUUACAUUUCCGCUGUUUGUCUUGUUGGUUUUCCAGCUAAGCGUUGCCUAUAUACUUCUUAUAUUUUUAAGGUCUGAUCUUAUCUCACCUUCUUCAUCUCUAAUUUCUUUUUUUGGUCCUUUUCUGUUUCCAUUCAAUUUUCUUCUGAAUUCCUAAAAACUUCCUUCUUUCAUAUCCCUCCAUUAAUACAAUUAAUUUUUAAUUAAUUAAUUAAUUAAUUUUCCGCAAUUAAUAAAU